GAGAAUAAUGUUUUGGUGACGUCAUGCGUAGCUGGAAGGAAAGACAGCCAGUGGGUGGGCUGGGUUGUGAUCCUGUUUUCGGCUUCUUAAAUCGCAAAUAACGCCAAUACGACCAUUUAAACCCAAUAUAGGGAGAGACAAACACCACACAAUGAGUUAGGGGCUGUAUUUCGUGUGUGCCAGUGCACUGAAACAUGGGUCCUUGCAGCGUCCACGUCCUUCUACUGAUCUUUCUGCAGGCCCUGCAGACAUCAGCUGAGGGCUCAGAUGGGAAGUUGGAGUGUCUGUGUGAAACCCCUCAAUCCCUCCAGGCCACCAAGUGCCACGGUACUCGGUGCUUUUCCUCUGUCAAAGUCAGCAGCAGUGGAGUGGUGUUUGAGCAUGGCUGCCUGGAGGGGCUCGACAAAAUCCGUUUGCAUUGCUCCACGGCGCCGUCUUUUCACCAGGCCAUUUUUUGCUGCUCCCAGGAAAUGUGCAACGGCAACACCACCAGGAGUUCACUGAUGUCUCUGCUUCCGACAACACCAGAAGGUGAGCCAGUUCGUUAUCAUGUGGAGACCUUGGCUCUUAUUGUGCUUGGUCCGGUGGUGGUUCUGGCUCUGCUGUCUGUAGUGUCAGUUUUGGCCUGCAGGAGGCUUCAUCACGGCCGUCUGCAGAGGCUGCAGGAGUUUGACACUGAACAGGGAGCCAUUGAUGGCCUCAUCACCUCCAAUGUGGGAGAUAGCACUUUAGCGGAAUUGUUGGACCACUCCUGUACAUCCGGCAGUGGUUCAGGUCUUCCCUUCCUGGUCCAGAGAACCGUGGCCAGGCAGAUCAGCCUGAUGGAGUGUGUAGGCAAAGGGAGGUAUGGAGAGGUGUGGCGGGGCCAGUGGCAGGGGGAGAAUGUAGCUGUAAAGAUCUUCUCCUCAAGAGAUGAGAAGUCCUGGUUCAGAGAGACGGAGAUCUACAAUACUGUGCUGCUAAGACAUGAAAACAUACUGGGCUUCAUGGCAUCCGACAUGACUUCUCGCAACUCCAGCACCCAGCUGUGGCUCAUCACCCAUUACCACGAGAACGGCUCGCUUUAUGACUACUUGCAACGAGUCGCCGUGGAGACUUCGGAGGGCUUGGCGAUGGCGGCGUCGAUAGCUUGCGGCCUGGUGCACUUGCACACAGAGAUCUUUGGCACAGAGGGGAAACCGGCCAUCGCACAUCGGGACCUGAAGAGCAAAAAUAUCCUGGUCACAAAGGAACUGCGCUGCUGCAUCGCUGACCUGGGGCUGGCUGUGACCCACUCCCAGGCAGACAACCUGCUGGAUGUGGGCAACAAUCCGAAGGUCGGCACCAAGCGGUACAUGGCACCGGAAGUGCUGGACGAGACCAUUCAGACGGACUGCUUUGAUGCCUAUAAGAGAGUGGACAUCUGGGCCUUCGGGCUAGUGCUGUGGGAGAUAGCACGGCGCACAUACAGCAAUGGUAUUGUUGAGGAGUACAAGCCUCCGUUCUACGAUCAGGUGCCAAAUGACCCGAGCUUCGAGGACAUGAGGAAGGUGGUGUGUGUGGAGCAGCAGAGGCCUUUCAUUCCUAAUCGUUGGUUCUCUGACCCUACUCUCUCUGCGCUCGUGAAACUGAUGAAGGAGUGUUGGUACCAGAACCCCUCUGCAAGGCUAACGGCACUGCGCAUCAAGAAAACCCUGGACAAGAUUCACAGCUCUCUUGAGAAGGGCAAGGAGUCAUGAGAGGGGGAGGAGCCUCGGGGUGAAGCUUCCUGAUGUCAGGGAUCGGCUUGGAGAAGAGUGCAGUGUUUGUGGACUGUGACAGGACGACUAGGGGAAACACUUGUGUGUCAUCCAGCCUCAUCCUUCACUUGCUCUUCUCUCACCUUCGCUGUGGUUGCCUUCCACUGACAUCCCUCUCUUACUUGAAGCCAACGAACAUUUGGACUUGUCCUGCCAGAGUAACGCCAGCCUUUGUUACAGGACACCAACCCGUUGCCAUUGUGCACACUAACCUGAACUGUAGACUGUUACCGGGCGUGACACGCAUGGAGGGAAUAUUGUAGUACUCCAUCCCAAUGCUUUAAUGCCCAUGCAAGACUGCUUACACACACACACACACACACACACACACACACACACACACACACAGACACACACACACACACACACCGAGUGUCUCUUAUAAUUCAAUUUCUGAUCCCCAGCCAGUGUUUUUGGCAUGUGGUUGUAGCAUUCUGCUCCGAGACAAUCAGAAGUGUUUCACUCAUUUAGCUUUAAUAGAACAUUACAACAUUACAAAGACUCACUAGACAAACCACACAAAUAUGUCCACUUACGAAAGGAAAACAGCCAAUCGAAUCAAAUGUUUUUUUUAAUUUAUAUUUAUUAAAUCUCCACUGCUACCAAACUGCUGUGGAUAAUGUAACACUGGUGGUGUGUGAAAAGGAUUGUAUACUUAGGCAUUAACUCUGCACCCAUAUUGUCAUUAUUGGAGCUAGUGAGAAAUAAUGUCUUGAGAAAUUGGAAGAAAAGGGUCGGAAAUUGUUCCUACUGAGCUUGUUUGUAGGAUGUGAAAUCAAUUUAGGAAACACUAAAGAUACAGAAUGAUGUUGGAGGCUCUGGAGUCGACGCACACUAUGUAUCUCAAUAGGAAUUAGUCUGUAUCUUAUAACAUGAAUAUGAUCCUCUCUGCCUGCCACACCUCAUAAACUCACUGUGGCUCUUCUUUUCAAGCAGAGAGGAAUCAAGGAAGACGUGUUUGUGAUGGAGCUGAUGUUUAAGAUAUUUGAAUAACAAGAAAAACCCUCCAUCUUCAUUUGGAAAGUGUUUUAUUCAAGAUUACAGACAAAGUUGCCGAGGUGUGAGGUUACAAAUGAAUUUGUUUUCCAAUGCUGGGUUUGGUUUAAAAAAAAAUAAAAAUGUUGCUUUGUCUUUUUUUAUAUGGAAUAAAACAGUUACUGCACUCUUGCCUA